AUGACGGAGCCGGCGUUUCGAGGGACGCUGCUGUUGCUGCAGAAUUGCACCCGCCGUGAUCCAGAGGCUUACCGCGAUGAGUUUAUCUCGCAGCUCGAUCACUUUAAGGCCCUGAGCAAAACCAUCAUGACACAAAAGGCAACAAAUCCGCAGUACAUCACGGUGCUGAAUUACAUCUGCCAUGUGUGCCACUGCUACCCCACCGAGUCGGCGGAGGUGGCGGAGGUGGUACUGAGGCUUUUGCAGGAAUAUAAGGGAAGUGCCAUGACGCCGGAGUUGCGCUUGGCUCUCGUCAAGUCCCUCGCAUUACUACGAUCCAAAAAUAUUGUUUCUGCAGUGCGUUCCUUCCCGCUGUUUUUUCAGCUUCUGCAGGAGCGCGAGAAGAACCUCCGCCGGCUUAUUCUCUCCCACAUUGUGAGCGAUGUGCGCAAGGUAAACAUGCCCGGAGCAAAGAAUGGGGCACAAGUGAACAAGAUGGCACAAAACUUUCUUUUUUCUGUCAUGGCAGAAGAUGAUCCGGUGCAGGCGCGCUGCGCCGAGAUGGUUAUGAUCGACUUGUACCGCCGCCGUGUCUGGGCGAAUGAGCGGACAGUGGAGGUGCUGACGCAGGCUUGUUUCACGCGCCACACCCCUAUUCUUCGUACCGCCCUUCGUUUUUUUCUUCUGCAGAUGCCAAAGAUUACAUCUCUCGAUGACGAUGACGGCGACGACGAGGCGGUUGAUCCCGGUCGUGAGAUUUCAAGGAUGAAGCAGAAACUAAAGAUUGUUAAGAAGACGAGCAAGCGAGAGCGCAUUCUUAAGCGGGAAAUGAACUCUAUAAGGCAGAAAUACAACAAGGAAGAGAAGGCGGAGGAGUUGCUAGCGAAACAACAUGUAGAUCCAAUACGACUUCUCCGCAAUCCACAUCAAUUUGUGGAACGUCUACUCGCACGUCUUCAGAAGACCACAGAGCGCUUUGAGGUUCGCAUUCUCUACCUGAAUGUUAUUGCUCGAGUCAUUUUAGAGCAUGAGGUGGUGCAUCUCCCGCUCUACGGUUUUCUUGAGCGUUAUAUGGAACCUUCGCAACUGCACGUGACGCAAUUGUUGGCGCUUUCUGUUAUGUGUGUUCACCGCCUGGUACCACCGGAUGUUCUUGAACCGCUUGUGAAGGCCAUUGCAAAUCAUUUUGUCUCGGAUCGCUCCUCACCAGAUGCGAUAACCAUCGGCCUCAACACCAUUCGUGAGAUCUGUAAACGACAGCCAUUAGCCAUGAAUGCGGAUUUGCUGAAAGACCUGACGGAGUACAAAUCGCAGAGGGGCGACCGAGGCGUCAUUAUGGCGGCACGUGCGCUUAUUCAACUUUACCGUGACGUAUACCCUGAGCUGUUGCCUGCAAAACUGCGUUUUGGCCAUGGGGGUACUGGAAUGGGGGAGAAAAAACGACCUGUUUAUGGCAAGGAGCACGUGUAUACCGACGUUCCAGGUCUUGAGCUACUCUACCCCGCGAUGGAUGAUGCGAAGGAUGAGCACUCCUUUUGUUGCGGCUCUGAUGAUAGUGAUGACGACGACAGUGAUGACAGCGAUGGCACCUGGGUGACAGACAGCAGCGACUGUGAUCCAGAUGACAUUGAGGGAAAUUUUCUCGAUGCCUCAGAUUGCAGCGGUAGUGAUGCCGAAAACGAGAAGUGCCCACAACUUGUGCCGGUGGGCGGCGCGGUAGAUGAGCCGCCCUUGAAAAGGUCCAAGGGCGAGGCCGAUGCGAAUAGCGAUGUCUUGAGUUUGGGCACUGAUGGGGAGGUGAGCCGGGACCGCAGCGGCUCGUGCCGGAGCUCCACCGUGCCGCAUGAUGACGGCCCCCGCAAGCCGUGUGGUGCUGAGGGAGACACUGCCAGCGUGGAGGAAGAGGAGAUGGAGGAUAGUGUUGAGGAUGAUGAUUUCGCAGAGAAGGAGUGGGAUGAGGAAGUUGAGGAGGAGGAAAUUGACGACGAAGAAGAAGAGUGCAUGGAAGAAGAAGAAGAAGAAGAAGAAGAAGAAGAGGAAGAGGGUGUCGAUGAUGAAAGAGACAACGAGGAAAUGGAGUGGUUUGAGGACACAGAAAUGAAUUCCAGGCGCCCAGCGCAGCGUGCAUCCUCGGCUUCCAAGCGGCUGGCCUCCCCAUCAUCAGCAGCGGCCUAUACGGUUCCAGCUUCCGCUCAACGCUUUCUCAGCGACGCGGACUUUGAGCGCAUACGCCGGCUUCAGGCUCAGAAGGGCAGUCAUCGUUCGCUGCGCGGGAAACUGCGGGAUCACGAGGCACGGGAGAAGAGGCGACAAGAACUUAUUCACAGCGUGUCGGCGGAUCUUUCGUCGCAUGACAUCGAGCACUUCACAGAGAAGAAGCGAGAGGAGGAUCGAGAGGAGAAAAUUGCACGAGCGCAGGAGGCGCGGCGGGCCCGCUCCAAGUUUGAGGCCCGCAAGAAGAAGAAGAGCAAACUCAACGCCACGCACUCGGAGCAUGCAAAGCGAGGCAAAUUGUUUAACAUGACGAAACGUUCACGGCGCGUGGGAGCGAAAAUGAAGGAGUCUGCCAGUGACCGGUCAAAUCGCGGCAAGGAGAACAAAAAGAAGGACAUUAAAUUCCGCAUUCGUCGCGGGUGGAAGGCUUGA